ACAUGUUCGCACUGAUCAUCUUCGGUGUGUGCCAGGCCGUGAGGCACGACGAACGGGUCGUCGCGGAGGCGUGCGCAUCGCGGGUGCCCGGGUGGGCGGCAUACGGCGACGAAAUCAUGGCAGCAGAGGCACCCACCCAGGGGAAGCGCGGCGUCGCCUACGUGGCGCGGCUCCCACAGACACAACACAAAGACUUCAACGCCUCCGUCCCGAGGGUCGUCUUCGCCGUCGUGCGCCGCGGCGACGCGCGUCACAUCCGACAGACCCUUCGCGACGGCGCGGUCGCGGCGUCGGCGGCCGCGAGCGGGUGCGCUCCGCGGAUCUACUACGCCGGCGGCCUCGGCGACAACUCGAGCCGAGUCAUGACGAUCGCGGAGAUGGCCGGCGACCGCGUCGGGGCCGACUUCCUCCGCGAGACGGACGCGCGCCUCGCGCGGCGGUUCGGAAGGCUUCUGGCGUGCGUCCACGGCCUCGACGACGUCGCGCCCGCCGCGCCCGCGACGCUCCGGGGCUGGCUCGGCGCCGCGUCCGUGGGCGCCGUCGACGGCCGCGGCGCGCUCGUCGAAACCUACGCGGCGCAGAUCGCCAAGUACUGGUGGCCGCCGGUCCGCGACUCGCGAGCGGCCGAAGACAAAUUCUCGCGCAUCUACGACUUCGCGUUCGAGCGCGCGGCCGCGUGGACGACGUCGCGCCUCGCGGCGGCGCCCGUCACCGUCCACGACGACGUUCACGUCGGGAACAUCCUCGCGCGCGCGCUCGCGCCCGAGUCUCUACGGCUCAUCGACUACGAGAACGCGCACCGCGGCGGCGCGAUCGCGGACCUCGCGCCCUACUCGCGCUGCUGCCGCGACCGGACCAACGUCCGGGCGAUGCUCGGCGCCUACCACGAGGCGCGUUUCCGCGAGGCGCCGUCGCGGGGCGAGGUCGAGCGCGCGCUCUUUGACCUGGAAGUCGGCCUCGCGUUUCAGAUGCUCGACACGCUGCCCAAGUGCCGCCGGGUCGAGGCGGACCAGGGCCUCGACUGGGCCUGCCCGUCCUCGCGCGCGCCCGAGGACGUCCCGCCGGACAUCCACGCCCACCUCGACGCGGCCGCGGCCGCCUUCGCGGCCAUCGACGACGCGGCGCGCGGCGACGACGCGCUCCGGGCCGACAUCGUCGACCGCGGCGUCCUCGCCGCGGCGGCCGGCCGCUCGACGACAGCGACGCCGCCACGGCAAUUACGGACGCGCGCUCGGGGCUAACACCUCGCCAUC